ACAAAUCAAAAAGGAAAAGAGAUCAAUCAAGAUAAGGAAGAAGCUAAUUGAUCAAUUAGCACCUCGAAGAUCAAUUAAGCAAAAUUGGCAUCCCACAGAUCAAGAAAACAACUUCCAUGUAUCAAGGAAGGAAGAACACUGAAGGAAGAAGAUCACACAAGGAAAAGAGUAUCAAGCAUACAAGGAAAGAAGGAUCAGAUCAAGCACAUAAGGAAAAAAGAAUUCUGCACUAAAUCAGAAGCUCUUGCAAAGGAAACACAUGGACAUAUCUGAUAUGGACAUAUAUACUAAAUCAAGGAAUCACUAAUCCUUGAUUGAAUGAAAUCCCUUGAGUUCCGAAUCAGAAUAAAUCUUUCUAUCUUUAUUUACUUUACACAUUUAUCAUUUUUAGAUAGUCAACUAUCAAAUAUUUUAAAUCAUCCCCUCCCCCUCUUAAUCUUCAUGUUUUACCUUCAAUGUAAAAAAUUUCGAUACAAAUUCGAAUUUAGUUGAGCUCUAACAUAUGUAUCCGAUAUCGGAUGGAAAAAGAAAGGUUAUAGGCAGAUUUUUAAUUAAUAAAGACAAGCAGUAAGGAUGAGGUGGGGUCGUUGUGUACGUAUUUAACUUGCUGACAAGUUAGCGGUGGAGAGGACUACUCCAAUAGUAUAUCGUUUUGCUGCUAAAUCCAACGAGUAAUGCCAAAGUACACAACCUUUGUUUUUUUUGUGUAAAGUACCAUCCCUUUUCUCUGCUUUAAGUUUGACACCUUCUUAUUGCUCUUACUCAUUAUUUCUCAAUUCUGUUGUUAUACUCACAAAUAUAUAUACACAUCUUUAUGUCCUUUUGAGCUCUGAAAGAAACUCAACUGAAAAUUUUGCAUUUGGAUGCUGGUAGGGGGCAAAAAAUGUGGGUGUCACCAAGAAUGCCAUGAGGCAAUCUUUUUCCUGAUCUUGAAGGAAGUUUUAUUUGGCGAUUCAUUUGAUCUUGAUGUGUUUUCCGCAACUUAUCCUAGUGAAUACUGUUGUUGCUUUCUGCUCAUGUGCCUCUAUGUUAAUGUGAAUUUUCAAGAUUUUACCAAAGUCAAGUUACUUGAGAAAUUCAUCUUGACUAUCAAUGUUCUGACAAUCUAAAUACUCGAAAUAUAAAAAGAAGAUUUCGACUUCAUUUUAGGUAAAAAUAACAAUGGCUAUGCCACCAACUGCUAAAGUAGUUCUUGGUUCAAUUGCCUUUGCUGUAUUUUGGGUAUUGGCUGUUUUCCCUGCUGUCCCUUUUAUGCCUAUUGGAAGGACUGCAGGUUCUCUCCUUGGGGCAAUGCUCAUGGUCAUUUUUCGAGUCUUAACUCCCGAUCAAGCAUAUGCUGCUAUCGAUCUUCCAAUUUUAGGCCUUCUAUUUGGGACUAUGGUUGUUAGUGUCUAUCUAGAAAGAGCAGACAUGUUUAAAUACUUAGGUAAAUUGCUGGCAUGGAAGAGCCAAGGAGCCAAGGAUUUACUUUGUCGAAUUUGCUUGAUUUCAGCCAUUUCUAGCGCCCUUUUUACCAACGAUACGUCUUGUGUUGUUUUAACUGAGUUUGUAUUGAAAAUAGCUAGGCAACAAAAUCUACCACCACAUCCUUUCCUAUUAGCUCUUGCUUCAAGUGCAAAUAUUGGAUCUUCAGCAACUCCAAUUGGGAAUCCACAGAACUUAGUCAUAGCAGUACAAAGCAAGAUAUCUUUCGGGAAGUUUUUAUUUGGUAUUCUUCCUGCAAUGCUUGUUGGUGUAGUUGUUAAUGCUCUGCUACUGCUUUGUAUGUAUUGGAAGUUGUUGUCUGUACAGAAGGAUUUAGAAGAUGCUUCUGCCGAAGUAGUUCCUGAAGAAGAUGUAGUUUCCCAUCGUUUUUCUCCAGCCACAUUGUCGCAUCUUAGUUCCUUGAAUUCUCAAGAAUUAAACAAUGCCUUGGACUCAGUGGCUAUAAGCAGCUCUCCUAGUGUCAAUGGUCAUGCGAAUCAUGCUGAGAUGCUUAGGAAUCGUGGCAAUGUUGGAGAAAGUGAAAUACAAAAGGUGUCUAGUGGGGGGGUUGAUUCGUCUAGGAAUUCAAAUACUUCAAAAGAAGGAACAAAUGAUGGAUCACUACAGAAUGUGUCUUCAAAAAGGGUUUCAUCUGUUGAUGAAUAUGAAGAUGAAAACUUCACGGGUUAUGACGAAAAGUGCAACUUGCCAAAAGUAUGGAAAUAUAGGUUGUGGAAAAUGUGUGUUUAUCUGGUAACCAUUGGCAUGCUGAUAGCUUUGCUAAUGGGCCUGAAUAUGUCUUGGACUGCUAUCACUGCAGCGCUAGCGCUCGUUGUUCUUGAUUUCAAAGAUGCCAGGCCAAGCUUAGAAAAGGUUUCCUAUUCACUUUUGAUAUUCUUCUGUGGUAUGUUCAUCACGGUUGACGGCUUUAACAAAACUGGGAUUCCAAGUGCUCUUUGGGAUUUUAUGGAGCCAUAUUCCAAGAUAGAUCAUGCUGCAGGAAUAGCAGUUCUUGCACUGGUCAUACUUGUCCUGUCAAAUUUGGCUUCAAAUGUUCCUACCGUAUUGCUGCUCGGAGGACGAAUUGCUGCAUCAGCAGCUGCAAUAUCUCCUGAUAGUGAGCAGAAAGCAUGGCUCAUCUUAGCAUGGGUCAGCACCGUGGCAGGGAACCUUUCACUCUUAGGCUCAGCAGCAAACUUAAUAGUGUGUGAGCAGGCUCGUCGGGCUCAAUACUUUGGCUACAAUCUCUCCUUCUGGAGUCAUCUCAAAUUUGGAGUUCCGUCUACGCUUAUUGUUACAGCCAUUGGUUUGAUGCUCAUUUGAGGAUACAUUUUCUAGUCUUACAGUGUUUUGAAGCUUCAAAUAGACAACUAUCAUUCUUGUAUAAGAGUUAGGGGAAGUCUGGUACACUAAGCUCCCGCUAUGCGUGGGUCCAGGUAAGGACCGGACCACAAGGGUCUUAUGUUACAUAGUCUUACCCCAGCAUUUGCUGUUUCAAGUGUUAGGGGCAAUCCAGUACAUUAAGCUCCCGAAUCCAGGUAAGGGUCGGACCACAAGGGCCUAUUGUACGUAGUUUUACGCUGCAUUUGAUGUUUCCCAAGGUCGAACUCAUGAUUUCCUUAUCACAUGACAACAACUUUAUCAGUUACAUCAAAACUCUCCUUCUUCUUGUGUAA